AUGUCUGGCUCAAUGUACGAUGACCAAUAUUAUGCGACGUCGCGCCGCCAUUCUCUCGUCACUCCUCCGCCGUCAGUGGCUCCGCGGCAGAACCGAAUGCGCAGCCAGAGUGUUAGAGUGAGCAACGGCACAGUCAGUACAGAUAACAGCAUGUCCAGUGGGAGGGUAUCGGAAGCGACAAAUAUCACCCAGCCGCCAGCCUAUUCCAAGAAGUUCGUGGUGGUGGGAGACGGAGGUUGUGGGAAGACCUGUCUGUUGAUUAGUUAUUCGCAGGGUUACUUUCCAGAAAAAUAUGUCCCGACGGUAUUUGAAAACUAUAUCACACAAACGCUUCAUAGAAGGUCUGGGAAAACUGUGGAGUUGGCGCUCUGGGAUACUGCUGGCCAGGAGGAAUACGACCGAUUGCGCCCUCUCUCAUAUCCCGAGACCGACCUUCUCUUUGUUUGUUUUGCUAUUGAUUGUCCUGCAUCUCUUGAGAACGUUAUGGAUAAGUGGUAUCCCGAGGUGUUGCAUUUCUGCCCUACGACCCCAAUUAUCCUCGUUGGGCUGAAAUCAGACCUGCGCAACAAGCGAACGUGUAUCGAGCUCCUAAAGACACAAGGCUUGACGCCCGUCACGCCGGAGCAAGGUCAGGCGGUGGCCGGCCGGAUGAAUGCAUCGUAUGUAGAGUGCAGCAGUAAGGAGAUGCGAGGUGUCGACUCUGUUUUUCAACUGGCAGUGGACACUGUCGUGUCCCUCGAGGAGCAAAACUGGGACACUCGCCUACCGUCAUCCUCCGGAAAACCUGGUGGCAAGCCCAUCGGUGGUAAGAAGAUCAAGAAGCGCAGCUGCAAGAUUCUGUGAGCCUCCUGUCUUCAGAUUCUCUCUCGCGGCGCAGCAAAUUCAGCUUCGAUUAUGUUAAAACGAAUACAAAGCCUGGUUGCUUUGACGUCUCACUUGAGCAAGCUCGCCUUGUUUUCUCGUUGUUUUCCCGUUGCUUUCUUCCUGUCCCUGAAUUUGGAUAAAAGUAUCGGAGCGAUGUCCGACCUGUUACUUUAUCCGCGUUUGUUUGUCCCCAGCCUGGACACGCCAAUAUGGCUGUCGAGGUGUUGGUAUUCUCACACCAUUUAUUUCUUUUCUUCUUCUGUUGCGAACCUUCAGAGUUUUUUAUGUUUCCUCAUGACCCAAACAAUGUACCCCUCCCUUUCGCCCUCGACUGACUGUUACCCUUGGCGACGAUUGAUUUAUGUGUUUAUUAGUGAUGUGGCCAUGAACUCGACUCGGCUGAAGGCCGCACUUUAGCAUGCAUGGGAUAGGUGUUUUGGCGCAUGCGGCUGCCCAUGUACUUAACACAAAUGACGAAACUGUUCUGUUACC